AUGACAGCUGCUGAGUCAGUUUCGUCUUCUUCUGCCAAACAGCAAACAUCCCUCAAUGUUUCCUUUGAAAAUCACAUAGCCUCAUGGUCACAAUCUUUUGAACCCAAUCCAUCCUCAUUGGGGCUUGAGCACUUCCUGCGUGAGAUGGGUCUCAUUUUUGAGCUAACCCACAUCAGUCCCGGCAGUGGGAGCCACAAUGUGUUGCGUCUCCCUAGCUUAGCAGCAGACCUUCUUCUCUACGGUAUUCCACUUGAACUAAUGGAUGGAGAUGCCUCAAAUAUCCCCAUCCACUGGCUGAGCUCUGUCUUUGCAGAGCUUAAACAUCGCCUACCUCAGGAGCAGUGUAGGACCAGAGUGCUGACAAACCUUGGCAUUCAUCAUGCCAGGAAUGCUGAAGUUCUUUCUGCAUUGUUUGGGGUGAAAUUCCCAGAAGGACGGAAAAGAUCCACUUGUGGGGUGUACAUGGUUGCCCUGUGUCUCCCUGACAAUCUUAGAAGUGAAAUGGAGUGUGAUUUUCUGUUGCUGAUUGAUGUAGAAGGACUCUGCUCGGUCUCACUAGACAGCAAAAGAAAUGCACUGACCCACAACAAUGAGAUGGCCACUGUUGCAGCAGGAUUGAGUGAUGUUUUAUUACAGAACAUUUCAUCACAUGCCAGCUGUGAGUUUGAAACACACUUCACCAUCAUAGUUAAUGCUCUCCUGCGCAUCAAAGAAUCUGGCUCCAUGCCCAUUUGUCAACUUCUGCUCCAGGAUGAAGGAAUUAAGAGCCUAUUACAAGCCUCACAGUUGCGCCAUGUUUCUGAAAUGCUUCAGAUUGAGACUGAGGACAGCGAGACCAGCAGUGUUGAUAAAUAUUCUGCAAACAUGGCAACAUGCUCCACCUGUAUCAAAGGGCCUUGGUCCAAUAUGUCUCUCUCUGAACCAGUUGAUACACAGUACAGUAACGCUGUGUUAAAGCUCAAGAAAAACCUCUUUGAGGCAUUGAAGGACUGUGCAACAAAGUCUAAAGCCUCAAGCUUGCCUGAAUUUACCAGACGUUUAUGUGCCGUUUGGGAUUCAGUGAAAACAGAAUCCUUCACUAUUGGUUUGCAAAAUACAGAGAUAGCUUUAGCAUUUUCUUUGUUAUGCACAGAGUUUUCCAUGUGGGUGGAUGGCUUUCUGGAAAACAUUGAGAGCUGGCUAAUGUUGGCAGCAAAGAAAAUCUUUGACACAAAGGCAAAAGCAUUGGACGCUGCAGUCCAAAAUGAACUUCUGAGUGAACUGAAGAAUGAAGCCAGAGAGGAAAUCAAAACAGAGAUUGAUAAAGUCAGGUCACGAGUUGAUGCCUACUUGAUGCAAGAUGACCUCAAAAUGAGUUCCGAAACAUUCAGGCCAGCCCUAAUGAGCAAUAUCGCUAACCUCCAGAACCGAGUAACUGAAGAGACCAUACAAAAGUUGGAGACAGUCAAUGAGAGUCACUGUUCUUCUACACAGCUGAAAAAUUUUGAGACCUUACUGGAAAAAGAACAGGAGUCCAAGCUACAAGCUCUGGUAGAAAAAAGCAGGUCUACAAAAAUUCUCCUACAAGACACGGAGAUAGAAGAGGAGUUUGAGGGUGUGUGGAGUAAGACUUUAUCCAACUUUGACUUCAGACCUUCAGAAAAAGGCAAUAUUACUGCAAGAGUGGCAGAAAUUCUGAAACAGAAUCUUAUCAGCCGUGGCCUCCAGAAACACAUGAAAAAGCUUGAAAUCACAGGCCAAAGUCAGACCGACAGCUUCCAAGUUUAUAAUGAGCAUUUUGGAUACCGCAGCAGAUUAAGACAUAUGUUUGAAGACAACAACCGGCUCCAGAGGUUAGGAGCUCAAGAGGUAGCUUGCAAUAUCAUAGAGGAAUACAAUCAGUUUGUGGCAAAUAAAUGUAGCUUAACAGCAGAUUUCUCUGACAGCUACAUUACAGAAAUGUUAGAAAAUGUUGAAAAAGCUUUGAAGGAAAAAUCCAUGGAUAUCAGAUCAGCUUUUGAAGUGGAUCUUAAAGUUCAUCUGUGUAACGCUGCAUGCCAGGACUUUCAGAAACUGCAUGACCGCUAUGCAAAGGACAGAGAACUUUUGACAGUCAUCACAGCAAACAAGGGAAUGUACUUGGCAAAAUUUAUCUACCGCUUCAGGAAGAGAGACGAGUGCCAGAGGGUGGCCAGUGCUUUUAGCUCCAUGGUCAUCAAACCCACAGUGUUGGACUACAUCAAUAGACCACUGGGGAUGCAGGUUGCAGAAGAAAUUCAAGCUAAAGCCCAGCAGUUUAAGUCCCCACAAGCUUUCCAUCAAAGCUUGCUGGAAGAAUUGAUUAAAGAAGACCGCUUUGAAAAAUUCCUUCAAUACUUGCUUUCCUAUGACGACUUCAGACGACAGAAGAUCCAGGAGACAGUGGUUGCUCAUCUCUCCGAAUCAACCAACUUAAAUAAACAGAGGCAACAGAGGCUUGGAGAUAUUGUAGGAAAGAUUGCAGCAGCAAUAAGCCAAACAGCAGAAGGUACCAAUGGAGUACUGAGUGAUACAAAGCCACUGCUGGAGAGAGCGUGUCUCAUUUUGGAGAAAGAUGGGGAUGUGGAUGUCAACAGGGAUUCUCUGAUUGGACCUGCAUUCAGUAUCACCACAGAAUGGGAUUGUUUUGUUAAAUGUUUAAUGGAAUUACUGGCUACAAUGCGAUUGGAUUUGGCCCAGGAGUUCUCCCAAAAUGUGGACGUACCCCAGCUUCCGCACAGCCUUCCAGUUCAACCCCAAGACUCCCUUUUCAACAGAGUGAGAGGCUGUGACAAACAGUGUCCUCACUGCAGAGCUCCCUGUGAGGAGGACGGGGUAGGACAUGAAGUUCACAAAGCUUUGUUCCAUUGGCCCAAAGGCAUGCUGCCUGAUGGCUCCUGUUCUAUGUCCUGUAUCAGUUUCCUUGAAAACAUGGGCAAGAGCAAACUAGAAAAGAACCAGGACACACAAGUUACAUCCAAGGACCUCCAAUCUCUGGGCCCAAACUGGACCAUCUCCCUCGAUGACCCAAACAGCCAAAAAGCCAGUAAUUACUGGAGGUAUGUGCUGACGAGGUUCAAUGAAAAGUUUGCAGAAGAAUUCAAACAGGAGCCAGCACAGAUUCCUGAUGAGUGGAAGACGAUCACUCAGCAGGAGGCCUUAGACAGUCUCAAGGAAAUGUUUCUCACCAGACAGGGUUGCUAAAAUGCUGCAUGCAAUUCAACUCAAAAUUCACAUUUUUCAUUUUUGAAAAAGUACAAUGUAAUUGUCCGGCAGCAGAAUCUACACAGAAAGGUCAGCCAUGUUAAUCAUAAAUAUUUGACGUGAUUCAUCAAACACCUCAAGCUUAAAACCUCUGACUUAAAUUGGAUGCUGCAUGAGGACCGUUCAGUGCUACGUGCCGUCUUUAUUAUUCUCUAUGUAACAUUUUCUAAUCAGGAUCAUAAUGAGGGAGAAAACUGGCUGGUGCUGAU